UUUGAUCCUGAGACCUCGACACAUUACAAAGUCGGUAUCGAAAUUUCCUCUGAAACCUCUGUGGAGCGAGAGGAUGGGGAGCAAGGAAAUGGAAGGGGAAGGAGUACUCUCAUCAUUCUUAUCAUUUUCUAUGACGUAAUCAGCCGUAGGUGUGUAUGGAACGCUCUUCCUACCGGAGGGAUAGUAAAUAAGUUACCCCUACUCUUCGAUCGUCGUUCCCCUUUCUUCUCAGAGAUGACCCAUUCUGGUUUUUCGAUAAUCUCGCAAAGAAGUAUUAAAUCACCUGCUUUAGGUGAAGCUGUACCUUCCACUUCUACAAGUAUGGGACACGAUGCAGUGCAAAGCUGUAAUUGCCAUUCGACCAAGUGUUUCCUUUACGCAGCAGGUUUUGUACUUGGCGGAGCCGCUAUUGGCUAUUUCAUUGGGUACAAGUUGGCUAUGCGCAGGGCUCGAGUAAACGCAAAGGUUCAACUUGCAAACGACAAGGUAGUUGAUACCGUCGAUGUGGAAGAUAUCGGAGAGAAGAAAGCCUUCUGUCGAUGUUGGAAAAGUGAAAAGUUUCCGUAUUGUGAUGGUGCACACUCGAAGCACAACAAGGAAACCGGUGAUAAUGUCGGUCCACUGGUGGUAAAAGGCAAACACCACUGA